GCAGGGGGGAGCCGGAGGGGAAGCAGAGAACGCGAGCGAGGCACCAGCCCGCAGCCCGCCCCCAGCACAUCCUCAGGCGCGCGGACACUCGGCGAGGCUCGGGGCGAGGUGGAGGUGAGGGCGCGCGCGAGCGAACUCGGAGAGGGGCUCGCGCACUCCCGGGCGAUCCCAGUCGCCGCCGCCGCACCAGCAGCAGCACCAGCAGCAGCAGCAGCAGCGGCAGCAGCAGCUUCCUUCCUCAGAUCCCCUCGUGAGGCUGGCUCAGCGGGUGUAGCCGCCGGGGGAGGCUCCCGGUGGGGAAGCCCGGCGAGGGCAAGAGCUGGGCAGCCGCCUCCCGCUCCCGCCGUCCGGCCAUCGGUGCCCCCGCCAGCGUGUCAUCCCGGGUGCCCGGGAUGUGUGUCAGUUUACGCUUCUGAGAUCACACAGCUGCCUGGGGGCCGGGGGAUGCCCAAGGCAAGUGUUGGCUUUUAUUUUUGCUAUUUUUUUACGCUUGGCUUCGGGAAAUAUUCGUGAUGUUGUAGGAGAAAGGAAAUGAUACUUUGAGGAACUGGAGAGGACAUAGAUGCCUUGUUUUUAAGAGAGGAAACGCGUCCCCUCUUUCCGGCUUGCUCCCUUCUUGCUGAUUUCAAGAGCUACCCUCCUCCUGGCGAGGUGGGGACCCAGCAAGAAGAAAGGUGAAUACGGGCCGCCAGGACCCGGGAGGAAAACACUGACCAUUAGAAGCCUCUGCAGAAGACACUGUAAGGAAGAACAGAAGCGAGAGAAAAACACAAAAGACUUAUAACUAGACAAGAAACCUACAAAUCCUGCUCUGGAGAAAAGCUCCUUCUUCGAAAUGGAUAUGAUUCCUCUCACCUGGGUUUUCUUAGCUCUCUACUUUUCAAGACACGAAGUGAGAGGCCAACCAGACCCACCCUGCGGAGGUCGCUUGAAUUCCAAAGAUGCUGGCUACAUCACCUCCCCAGGUUACCCCCAGGAUUAUCCACCCCACCAGAACUGUGAGUGGAUUGUUUACGCCCCUGAACCCAACCAGAAGAUUGUCCUCAACUUCAACCCGCACUUUGAAAUUGAGAAACAUGACUGCAAGUAUGAUUUCAUUGAGAUUCGGGAUGGAGACAGUGAAUCUGCAGACCUCCUGGGAAAGCACUGUGGGAACAUCGCCCCACCCACCAUCAUUUCCUCAGGCUCGGUGCUUUACAUCAAGUUCACCUCUGACUACGCCCGACAGGGGGCAGGCUUUUCCCUGCGCUAUGAGAUCUUCAAGACAGGCUCCGAAGACUGUUCAAAAAACUUCACGAGCCCCAACGGGACCAUCGAAUCCCCCGGGUUUCCCGAGAAGUACCCACACAACUUGGACUGCACCUUUACCAUCCUGGCCAAACCCAAGAUGGAGAUUGUUCUGCAGUUCCUGACCUUUGACCUGGAGCACGACCCUUUGCAGGUGGGAGAGGGAGACUGCAAAUACGAUUGGCUGGACAUCUGGGAUGGCAUUCCAAACGUUGGCCCCCUGAUUGGCAAGUACUGUGGGACCAAAACCCCCUCUGAACUCCGUUCCUCUACGGGGAUCCUCUCUCUGACCUUUCACACAGACAUGGCGGUGGCCAAGGAUGGCUUCUCUGCACGCUACUACCUGGUCCACCAGGAGCCGCUAGAGAACUUUCAAUGCAACGUCCCUCUGGGAAUGGAGUCUGGCCGGAUUGCUAAUGAACAGAUCAGUGCUUCCUCUACCUACUCUGAUGAAAGGUGGACCCCUCAACAAAGCCGGCUCCAUGGUGAUGACAAUGGCUGGACACCCAACUUGGAUUCCAGCAAGGAGUAUCUCCAGGUGGACCUGCGCUUCCUGACUAUCCUCACGGCCAUCGCGACGCAGGGAGCAAUAUCCAGGGAAACCCAGAAUGGCUACUAUGUCAAAUCCUACAAGCUGGAAGUCAGCACCAAUGGCGAAGACUGGAUGGUGUACCGACAUGGCAAAAACCACAAGGUGUUCCAAGCCAACAAUGACGCGACGGAGGUGGUUCAGAACAAGCUGCACACACCAGUGCUGACGAGGUUCGUCAGGGUUCGCCCUCAGACCUGGCACUCGGGCAUCGCCCUCCGGCUGGAGCUCUUCGGCUGCAGGGUCACAGAUGCUCCCUGCUCCAACAUGCUGGGCAUGCUCUCCGGCCUCAUAGCGGACUCGCAGAUCUCUGCCUCCUCCACCCGUGAGUACCUCUGGAGCCCCAGUGCUGCACGUCUGGUCAGCAGCCGCUCAGGCUGGUUCCCGAGGGUCCCUCAGGCCCAGCCAGGAGAGGAGUGGCUUCAGGUGGACCUGGGAGCACCCAAGACGGUGAAAGGCGUCAUCAUCCAGGGAGCCCGCGGAGGAGACAGCAUCACAGCCGUGGAAGCCAGGGCUUUUGUGCGCAAAUUCAAAGUCUCCUACAGCCUAAAUGGCAAGGACUGGGAAUACAUCCAGGACCCCAAGACACAGCAGCCAAAGCUGUUUGAAGGGAACAUGCACUACGACACUCCCGACAUUCGAAGGUUCGACCCUAUUCCGGCGCAGUACGUGCGGGUGUACCCCGAGAGGUGGUCGCCAGCGGGCAUUGGGAUGCGGCUGGAGGUGCUGGGCUGCGACUGGACAGACACAAAGCCCACAGUCGAGACACUGGGACCCACUGUGAAGAGCGAGGAGACCACCACCCCAUAUCCCAUUGACGAGGAGGCCACAGAGUGUGGAGAGAACUGUAGCUUUGAAGAUGACAAAGAUUUGCAGCUCCCUUCAGGAUUCAACUGCAACUUUGAUUUCCCUGAAGAACCCUGUGGUUGGAUGUACGAUCGCGCCAAGUGGCUCAGGAGCACCUGGACCAGCCCUUCCAGCCCAAACGACCGGACAUUUCCAGAUGACCGGAAUUUCUUGCGACUGCAGAGUGAUGGCCGGAGGGAGGGCCAGUACGGCAGGCUCAUCAGCCCACCCGUGCACCUGCCCCGCAGCCCCGUGUGCAUGGAAUUCCAGUACCAGGCCACUGGCGACCGCGGGGUGGCGCUGCAGGUGGUGCGUGAAGCCCCCCAGGAGAGCAAGCUCCUAUGGGUGAUCCGCGAGGACCAGGGCAGCGAGUGGAAGCAUGGGCGGAUCAUCUUGCCCAGCUACGACAUGGAGUAUCAGAUUGUGUUCGAGGGAGUUAUAGGAAAAGGACGUUCAGGAGAAAUUGCCAUUGAUGACAUUCGAAUAAGCACUGAUGUCCCGCUGGAGAACUGUAUGGAACCCAUCUCAGCUUUUGCAGGUGAGAAUUUUAAAGUGGACAUCCCAGAACUACAUGGGCGAGAGGGCUAUGGCGGUGAAAUUGAUGAUGAGUACGACGAGGUGGACUGGAGCAAUACUUCUGCCCCGACUUCAGGGUCUGGUGCCCCUUCGGCCGACAAAGAAAAGAGCUGGCUCUACACGCUGGACCCCAUCCUCAUCACCAUCAUCGCCAUGAGCUCGCUGGGGGUCCUCCUGGGGGCCACAUGUGCAGGGCUGUUGCUCUACUGCACCUGUUCCUACUCUGGCCUGAGCUCCCGCAGCUGCACCACGCUGGAGAACUACAACUUCGAGCUCUAUGACGGCCUCAAGCACAAGGUCAAGAUGAACCACCAGAAGUGCUGCUCAGAGGCAUGACGGAUUGCACCCAAAUCACAUCUGACGUUUCAUUCCAGCAAGAGGAACAAGUGAAGAUUACAUUUUUUUUCCUUGGGAGACUGAAUGCCAUAAUCUUGAUCAAACCGAUCCAGAAUGACCGAAGGUGUGGACUGGACAGACAGGCGAGCCGAGAGAGAUGGGGAGAUGCAGCCGCGAGGGGGUUGACGACCCCCUGGGGCCCGCGGGGGCUGAGUCAUUGCUGGGACAGAGACCAGAGCUCAUCUCUUUGGGAUCACAGUUCUGUUUUGUUUGUGAGUGUGUGAUUAUUCUAUUUUAUUUCUUUGGUCUGUGAGCAACUCAAAGAGGCAGAAGAGGAGAAUGUCUUUUCCAGUAUAGAAGCUGAGUGGUGAUCGUUACUCUUCACAUUCUCUUUCUAAUCAAUACUUGAAAAGCAAAGGGUCUUUUCAGACUUCCAUCUUUAGGGGAAAAAAAAAAAAAAAACAACCUCGAAAAAAAUCCAGCUUAUUCCGUUCUCUGCCAUCUUAUGACACGAGAUUCGCUGUGGUGCAUAUUCUGCCAGCCGACCCACAAGCUGCCGUUCCCAAUCCUAGCAUUGAAGUAGGAUGUUGUUGCCUUUAACUUUUUUUAUCCAGGGGAAAAUUGCCAUUUUAGGGUCAGCAUGAACAGCUCUUUCUUCUUUGCAAUUUGAAACAAACCAGAAAGGAAAGUUCACACAUCAAAAUCCAUAAAAGCACCUCCACGUUAGCAGCGGACAAGCCUUAAUGUGCUUUGUGAAUAGGAGCCAAUCGUUAAAUCUAGACCCAGAAGUGGUGGCUGAGAGGCUCCUUUUGGGGCCUCUAGUAGUGGUUUUGCUUUUUCUUUUCCUUCCUCCUUGUUCUGCUAAAACAUAUGCACACACACCUACAUACAUACACAAACACACAUAUUCACGCACACAUUUGUCCCCAGAAAUGAUGUCAUUUCAUAUCCAGAGAUGGGGAGGGCACAUGUAGGCUAUAGGUAUGGGUGAAAUAUAACAGGUGACCCCUCAUGGCAAGGAGAUCAGUGGAGAGAGAAAAAAAAAGCCAGCUCUGGGGUCUUGCAAUGGCUAAGGCUGGGCAGACUCUACUUGGUACAUACUGAUUUCUCCUUGAAGUUCCAGUACCACCUGGAACCUCAGAGCUAACCCGUCCAUGAGUCUAACCUGAAGUCUGCAAGCACUGUGGACCAGAACGUAGUUGAGACACUGCUUCAUGCUGUUAGACCACACACACACACACACAGACACACACACACUCACACUCACACCAGUUUAUGUGUUUUUAUUAAGUGCCUUGAAGAAAAAGUGUUUUUUCCCUCUAUGUAAAAAUCAGUGACGAUCAUGGACAUUAAGGCAUUCCUCCUAACCCCAGUGGCUCCUCCCCAGGUCCCCCACUCACCGCUGAUCCUAUUAAUGGAAUGAGCCCUGCUACCAAGUGGUAGUCACAGCCCUAGAUGACUCUCAGCUAUUGUAGAAGAGGAGGCAUCAGGAACAUAAUGAAACUGUGUGAAGAAUAAAACUGUCUGUAUCAAGAUCCCGAUCUUGAUCUUGUAGCGAAGCCUGAGCAUUGCCUGUGUGCUGGAAAUACAUUUGGAACCCAAACGGUAUGCCCAGCCUAUUGCUUAUCAGUGAUAAGCUGUCAGACCAUUUUUGCUGCUAUGGUCACCCACAAUUUCAUUUGUCUCAUACCCAGGUGAAAGGGGAAGGGUGAACUGGAUUGGCUGGUUCCUUUAAAUGUUAACUUAUGGAAAUCUAGUUCAAAUGGUAAUGUCACAGUGUUUUGUAUGCAGAGGGAGAGAUCAUACCAACAGCUAUUUGUUCAUAUGUGUGUGUGUGUCUUUGCUCUCCUUUCAGUUCUCUGUAUCUACUGUGUAUGUGAAUGGUCACGUGGGACUCAGUGGUGUUAUUGUGACUUUGACCUAGGGCCCGAGUGUGACUGCUGACCUCGGCACUCGGCACAGUGGUAGUUAGAGGUGACAAGUAAAGCUGUCAAGCCCAAGGGCUUAGCUUCAGGCUCCCCUGAGCUGGGCAUGCAGCGGAAGCAAAUUUUAAAUUAGCCUACCCUCCUCUUCACCGUCCCAUGUAGCUCAGUGUUCAGGAAGCUAGCAAGUCCAAGGAAUUUCCAAAAGGAGUCUGCAGAAGAACGAACUUCAAAAGCCUGUUCCGGAGGUCCUGGCCCUGUCAUACCCAGUGGUCUAUUUUACUGUUCCCCAAAGACCAGCCCUAUCUCCAGUGGCCUGAAGUUCACCUCUGAGUAUAUGUACAACUCAGCCUGCCUCUCUGUAACAGUCCUGUAUCCUAAUCACCAUUGGUUGAUCUGAGGCCCUAAGUGGGCCCUGAACGCUGAGCAAAAGCAGCUACACAGGGCUUGCAUGUAGAUACCUCACCAACACUGGACAAAGAGCGAGAGCGGGGCCGAUUUGAACUUGGCCAUGGGACAUUUUGUGCAUUUGUUGUCUCUACCUGCAGGUAGGCUAGCUGACCCCUCUCCUUGAGUCGUUCCCUUUGGGAAACCCAAGUCACAGUAUUGAUCUCCUUUUUGCCUUGUACUGAAUGACACAUUACCUCCACGCUCUCCCGGACUGGGCGGUCAGCAGGGCUACAGGGUUGCCUCUCUCUUAGCUGGGACUGGGGAGUCGACAGGGAUGAGGGUCCGAGGAAUGAGCAUGAAUGGCAAGAAAACAAGGGGAAAAGUUAAACCGCCACAGAGAAGGUUAACUUUUCCAGGGUUUGCAGCUAAAGGUAUCCGACCAUUCACUGGCUGAGCCAGGUCACGGGAACCUGAGAGCUUUUACUGUGAUUCUUCAAUGUAAAGAACAAACAACAAUGUCAAACUGUGUUUGUAUGAUUUGUAUAAAGCCUUUUUAAGAUUACUAUUUAAAUAAACAUUAUA